AUGACAAUCCCUAGAUUAAAAAUCCCGACUCCGCGUGUCUCGUCAUACCGAACUGCUCACUCGUUAAAACAAGCAGUUCACCAUACUCGUUCAAUCCAAAAAUCUCUCAAUUACACCGGCGGACGCGCUGUUGCAUACACAGAUGGAUGGUGUUUGAACGAAGGAAGGAGGAACGCAAAAGCCGGAUUCGGUGUUUUUUGGUAUCCUGGUUGCGCGUACAACUUUUGUGGAAACAUGACUGGAAAACAAGACAGCCACCGCGCCGAGCUUUGUGCGGUUUCUACAGCGAUCUUGAUGGCUUACCUUCUCAACAAACCGGGAAUUACAAUCAAAACUGAUUGUAAAUUUGUGAUAACUUCAUACAAAAUGCCGAAAGAAUGGCGACGGCGAGUCACUUUGUCUUGUGAUUCAUUAUCAAUUGAUAUUUAA